AUGAGACGGCUUACACAAUACAGCCGCACGCCGGCUCUCCCAGUCGCCCCAGCUCCCCAUCCCACCCUUCCUAUCACCUCCUCUGCAUGCCCAAUCACCCCCAACUCAACCCAACCCCCCUUAACCAACUCACCCAACCCACCCCCCCCAACUCACCCAACCCACCCCCCCCAACUCACCCAACCCAUCCCCCCCCCACCCCCCCCCAACUCACCCGGUCAACGUACUUCCACACCUCCUGCAGCUGCACGUUCAGCCAGUGCACCUGCCAGUCACGGCCCAGGAGGAGGGGGGAAACAGGGGGGUGGGGAUGAGGAGGGAAGGGGCAACAAAGCUUGCUGCGGCUCGAACCUCUCUGAUUCGAAUUUCUCAUAUGCUCUAUCGCCCAUCCCACAUGCUCUAUCGCCCAUCCCACAUGCUCAAUCGCCCAUCCCACGUGCUCUAUCGCCCAUCCCACAUGCUCUAUCGCCCAUCCCACAUGCUCUAUCGCCCAUCCCACAUGCUCUAUCGCCCAUCCCACAUGCUCUAUCGCCCAUCCCACAAGCUCAAUCGCCCAUCCCACGUGCUCUAUCGCCCAUCCCACAUGCUCUAUCGCCCAUCCCACAUGCUCUAUCGCCCAUCCCACAAGCUCAAUCGCCCAUCCCACGUGCUCUAUCGCCCAUCCCACAUGCUCUAUCGCCCAUCCCACAUGCUCUAUCGCCCAUCCCACAUGCUCUAUCGCCCAUCCCACAUGCUCUAUCGCCCAUCCCACAUGCUCUAUCGCCCAUCCCACAUGCUCUAUCGCCCAUCCCACAUGCUCUAUCGCCCAUCCCACAAGCUCAAUCGCCCAUCCCACGUGCUCUAUCGCCCAUCCCACAUGCUCUAUCGCCCAUCCCACAUGCUCUAUCGCCCAUCCCACAAGCUCAAUCGCCCAUCCCACGUGCUCUAUCGCCCAUCCCACAUGCUCUAUCGCCCAUCCCACAUGCUCUAUCGCCCAUCCCACAUGCUCUAUCGCCCAUCCCACAUGCUCUAUCGCCCAUCCCACAAGCUCAAUCGCCCAUCCCACGUGCUCUAUCGCCCAUCCCACAUGCUCUAUCGCCCAUCCCACAUGCUCUAUCGCCCAUCCCACAAGCUCAAUCGCCCAUCCCACGUGCUCUAUCGCCCAUCCCACAUGCUCUAUCGCCCAUCCCACAUGCUCUAUCGCCCAUCCCACAUGCUCUAUCGCCCAUCCCACAAGCUCAAUCGCCCAUCCCACGUGCUCUAUCGCCCAUCCCACAUGCUCUAUCGCCCAUCCCACAUGCUCUAUCGCCCAUCCCACAUGCUCUAUCGCCCAUCCCACAUGCUCUAUCGCCCAUCCCACAUGCUCUAUCGCCCAUCCCACAUGCUCUAUCGCCCAUCCCACAUGCUCUAUCGCCCAUCCCACAUGCUCUAUCGCCCAUCCCACAUGCUCUAUCGCCCAUCCCACAAGCUCAAUCGCCCAUCCCACGUGCUCUAUCGCCCAUCCCACAUGCUCUAUCGCCCAUCCCACAUGCUCUAUCGCCCAUCCCACAAGCUCAAUCGCCCAUCCCACGUGCUCUAUCGCCCAUCCCACAUGCUCUAUCGCCCAUCCCACAUGCUCUAUCGCCCAUCCCACAUGCUCUAUCGCCCAUCCCACAUGCUCUAUCGCCCAUCCCACAUGCUCUAUCGCCCAUCCCACAUGCUCUAUCGCCCAUCCCACAUGCUCUAUCGCCCAUCCCACAUGCUCUAUCGCCCAUCCCACAUGCUCUAUCGCCCAUCCCACAUGCUCUAUCGCCCAUCCCACAUGCCGUAUCUCCCAUCCCAUGUGUAUCCAGCCUUCCUCCUCCUACAAACGUGUCAACCGCCAAAUCUUGCCAUUUUCUUGGCAUGUUUUGGCAGAUCGACUAG